CAGUGCUGCUGUCGUGAACCCUGAUGCUCCUCUUGUUUCGGAGAUUGUGUCUGUACGUGUGUGUGUGUGUCUUUGUGUGUUUGUGUGUAUGAUUGUAAAUUAAUGAAUCAAUUCAAGAUCUAAUCAGCAUAUCAGGCAUAUAAGCAACUCUGUGGGACAGCGAUCCUAACCAGAGAUAACAUCACCAUGUCCUCCACCCCGCUGGCUGAGACGGAAGAAGAUGUGUUUGAGACUGCUGUGUGUGAAAAUCCCAGGAGAUCAGCGGUUUCUGAAAUACUCAAACCAGCAGUCCAUCUGGCUCAAACCAACACCCAUGCCACAGUGAAAGUCACACUUUGAGAUCACAGUUUUCCCCAUUCUGAUGUUUGAACAUUGUGAACAUUGAUUGAAGCGCUUGGUUUGUAUCUGCAUGAUUUUAUGCAUUGUGCUGCUCUUAAGGGAUCGGCUGAUGAGAGAACUGCAGAAAACAGCAGGUGGAUGUAGAGGUGUUCCUAAUAAAGUGACCAAUUUGACAGAUGCAGUGCCUGAGACUGAGCGCCUGGACAGCAGCCUACAGAAAGCUAAAGCUCAGCUGUCUAUCAAAACCAGGAGGCACCGCCCCUCCAGGUCCCGUCUCCGGGACAGUCUGAGCUCCACAGAAGGAGAGGACGGCCUUGAUGGAAAGAGCUACAGUGGCCUGUUGUCUGGCUCCUGCUCGCCUCUCCAUGUGUCCCUACACUGCCCCUCUCCUUUCUCUGACCUCCAUCCUUCCUUCUCUCCCGCAAGGAAGGACAGAGCCUUCACCUUUGAGACAGGUGAAAGUGAAAAGAAAGAACAAAGACGAAGAAGUGCAUGCUUGUUGAAUCCCUCCUCUCCAACCCACCUCCUCAGGCAGCGCCAGGAGGACCAUGCCCAUAUGCGCCACAGGGACCAUGUUGAGCAGCGCCAGGAGGACAGUCUGCAACCAUGCCAAGGGGAUCAGCUGAAGCUACAUCACAAAGAGAACCCCCACCUACAGCAAAAGGACCAUCCCCAACUGCGCCAGGAGGACCAUACUAAUCUGCGCCAGGGUGACAAUCUCCCACUGCAUCAAAAGGACCACAUCCAUCUGCCCCAGAGGGACCUCAUCCACCUGCACAACAGGGACCAUCUCCAUAAUGACAAUACACACCUGCGCAAGAAGGACCAUCUCCAGAAGAACCAAGCCCAUGUGCGUGAGAAGGACCAAGUCCAACUACAUGAGGAGAAUCGUUCUCUCCUGCACCAGAGGGAAUACUCUCAGAGUGAAGAUGACAGUCGUGAUGUUGGUUCAGAUGAGCCGAGCAGCCCGACAGUCCUGCUGGACAAGAAGACCAGGAGACGUUUCCUUGAUCUCGGGGUCACAUUGCGUCGCACAUAUGGGAAGGUCAGGAGGGAGCGAGCCAAGAGACACGCCGCAGGAAACCGGGAACCUGAUGGAGCAGAAAGCCGUUCCUCGCGUUCCUCUGGCCCCCCGUUUGUGCCUUUCUCCUGGUUGACUGAGCGAAUAAGGGGCUCUAGUUCUCCCAAGAACUCCAGCCAAUCCCCAGCCAAGUCUCUAUCAGAGAAGGAUGAGGAGUUGAAAAAUGACAGCAGGUCCAACAGGAAUGAAGCGUCACAGCCAUAUCAGAGCCUUUCUGAUCACUCAGAUGAGGGAUGUGACGAGCACGUAGAACCCCGCGUUGUGAAAAAGAAGACCAUCCUGCCGUUCUCAUCGGGUGGAAGAAAAGCAGACCGGACAGAAAAGCAGAACGGUGUCCAAAGGGACAAGAGAGACAAUGGGCACGAUGGAGACAGCCAAAAAUUACUGACCUCUCAGUCGCAGUGCAAGCAUUUAGAUUUAUGAAUACUUUUUUCCCCUUUUUUCAGCUGUAAAUACUGUAGGCACUGAUAUUAUUGUAACUUAUUCAGACAGCUUAAUACAUUUUUGGAAAAAUUCCAAAAUACAAAUAAAAAAAAUGUGCAAUUUUGUUGGAGUUAUAAUAAGGACAUGUUUAGAAAGCAAAAUAAAAUAUCCAGCGGUGA